GUUUGUUUUAUGUUGGCAGUUCCAUUGAAUUAUUAUUAUUACUAUUAUUUAUUGCAACGAAGUUUAAUUUUAACCAUUUAAUGUUAUGCAUUUGCCUAUAAUGACGGAGUGAUAGAUAUAUGGAUGAACAUAUAUGUGCGCAUACAUGAUUGAAAAUAAUUUUAAUUAGUUACAUUUGUAUACAAUAAGUGUUCUUUUUAUGUUAACGACGAUGUCUACAAGCAAUACAAACAACAUAAUCGAGAAAGAAAUCGACGAUGAGGAUAUGCUCUCGCCCAUUAAGUCGUCCAACAAUCUGGUUGUGCGCGUGAAUCAAGAUACAGAUGAUAAUUUGCAGGCCCUGUUCGAUAGCGUGUUGAAUCCCGGAGAUGCAAAACGCCCCUUACAGCUCCCCUUUCGCAUGCGGAAGCUUCCCAAUUCCUUUUUCACGCCACCAGCGCCCUCGCACUCGCGAGCAAACAGUGCGGACUCCACAUACGAUGCAGGCUCCCAAUCCAAUAUUAACAAAAGUGCGCAGCCCGUGGACGUGCAGCAGCCAGCCAUCUCACAGAUCCAGCCAUCACAACAAAGCCGCCUGGCGAUACAUCACUUUCGCGCUCGCAGCAGCCCAGCCUCAUUGAUGCAGAACUACAACGUGCGCUCCAGGAGCGAGGCCAAUCCGGGCGCAAGCAGCCAAGGUCCAUCGUAUCCCGAGAGCAGUGCCGAGUUCCCGAACAGUGCUGCCAACACUAUUGAGCUAGAUGGCAUGAGCACUUGCAUGGAGGGCCAGGAUAUGCAAACGGUGCAUAAAAAGCAGCGAUCGUACGACGUGGUAAGCCCCAUUCAGUUGCAAAGUCAACUGGGAGCAUUGCCACCAGGUUGGGAGCAGGCAAAAACUAAUGAUGGCCAGAUUUAUUACUUGAAUCAUACUACAAAAUCGACACAAUGGGAAGAUCCAAGAAUCCAAUAUCGCCAACAGCAGCAACGCCUAAUGGCUGAACGAAUCAAGCAAAGCGAUGUUUUGCAAACAACAAAACAAACUACCACAUCGACUAUUGCUAACAGCUUGGGUCCACUGCCGGAUGGUUGGGAACAGGCAGUUACUGAGUCCGGAGAUAUAUAUUUUAUAAAUCACAUUGAUCGAACGACUUCAUGGAUUGAUCCCAGAAUGCAAUCUGGACUUACUGUGCUUGACUGCCCAGAUAACUUAGUGUCAUCCCUACAGAUUGAAGAUAAUAUAUGCACUAAUUUGUUCAACGACGCACAGACCAUUGUGAAUCCGCCGUCUUCCCACAAACCAGACGAUUUGGAAUGGUAUAAAAUAAACUAAUUCACAUGUAUACAAACUGUAUUAGACCUAAAAGUUUUAUAUUUUGUAUUAUUCUAAAUUAAAUAUUUUUCAAAUUUUAUAGUA